AUGGAGAAGAAGCUGCCGCUGGCGCUGGCGCUGGCGCAGAAGCACGGCGCCGGGGAGCCCGCGUGGGCGCGGCCGUGGCGGUGGGCCAAGACGGCCUUCUUCCUCGUCGCCAUGCUCGCCUCGCUGCUGCUCGUCUGCGCGCCGCCCCUGCUCGUCGUGCUCCUCGACCUCGCCCUCCCGCCCAUGCUCCUCUCCGCGCACCUCCGCGCCGACGCCGGCGCCGAGCCCCCGCACCGGUCCUUCGUGCCGGCCAUGCUCGACCAAGCGCGCGCGUUCGAGUUCCGGUCCUCCCUCGUCGACCUGCCCGCCGUCUCCGCCGCGCGCGCCCUGCUCAUCCUCUGCGCGUACACGGUGUGCGGGGGAGGAGGCGGCGCGUACCUGUGGGUGGUGGCGGCGAGCGCCGCGGCGUCCGCGUCGUACGUGCUGGCCAAGGCGGCCGCCGUGCUGCCGCGCGGCGCCGCGCCGCAGGGGAAGGGCGCCGGCGGGCCGGAGCCGAUGCUCCUGCUCUCCCUGUCGCUCGCGGCCGCGCACCUCGCCGUCGCGUACCGGGCCAGCUGCCGCGAGCGCCGCCGCCUGCUCGUCUACCGGAUCGACGUGGAGGCCGUACGGCUGAAAGGGGGCCACCAGACACCCAAGGGGCUGAAGCAGUGCAGCGUCUGA